AUGUCGAAUAAAAAGAAUAAGGAAAUAGAAGUUCACGAUAGUGAAAGUGAAGAAGAACAGCCGUCUGGCGAUGAAAAGGAUCCAGACUUCGAUUCCGAUGGAAACUACAUCGGUGACAAGGAGGAUUUGAUGGCUGACUUUGAAGGUCGUAAUCCCGAGGACUGCGACUUCCACGGCAUCAAGCAGCUGCUGCGGCAGUUGUUCCUCAAGGCUAAUGUAGACUUGGGUGGCCUUGCACAAAUCAUUAUCUCUCAAAACUAUGUGGGCAGUGUUGUGAAACAGUGUCUAGAUGAUGGACUGGAUGACUUGGAUGAUGACGAAGAUGAUGGCAGCGAUGGUGUGUUUGGUGUGACCACAGUCAUCAAUAUUACUAAGAGAAAAGAAGAGAACUGCAUACAACAAAUUAGGACACUGCUCACUACACUAGCAGAGGAAAAUGCAGAUGACAGGACAAAAUCCCUCAUCAAGAACAUAUUGUCCAAUGAUCAGCAACAUGUCGGACUAGUCCUUAAUGAAAGGAUCCUCAACAUUCCGGCUGCGAUCAGCGUGCCGUUGUUUGCGUCACUCCAAAGUGAGAUAGACAAAGCUGUUCAAAAGAACAUGCCCUAUACAUUCCAGUACAUAAUAUGGAUCUGCAAAACUUACUCUUCAGAAGACGAACCUGGAGAAAUAUUGUACGCGAAUAUGGAAGAGUCUAGACUAUCGGAAGAGGCGCUGGCUAGCUUUGAUGUUAAUGUCACUGAUCAGACAGAUCUCUCACAAUGGGACUACGAGGGAGGCACGCUCACACCGUUCAGAAAAAUUCUAAUAAUCGAGGGCAACAAAUUCAACGGCUUAGUGAGGCAAAUGAAGGAAGAGGUGGAGCAUGCGGUGGGUGAGCAGAAGUCCAACUAA